AUGCACAACAAGCCUCGCUCGGCGACCGUGACCUGCGUCUCGGCUGGCUCGCUCUGGGCCAUCGACCGCCGCUCCUUCCGCGCGAUUUUGAUGAAGUCGUCCUCGCACCAGCUCACGCGCACCCUGCGCUCGGUCGAGGUGCUCCGAUCGCUGUCGCUCAAUCAGCUGCAGCGGUUGGAGGAGCUGCUCACCGAGGCUAGCUACUCAGACGGCGAGUACGUGAUCCGGCAGGGUGAGCGGACUGACACCUUUUACGUCAUCCUUGAGGGCUCCGUCGCCGUAACCAGGAGCGAUGACCCAAGCGACGCCGGCGCGGCCGAGAAGGAGUUAAGCACCUUCUCUUCGGGAUACUUUGGUGAACGGGCGCUCAUUGAGAAGGCGCCGCGCGCGGCGAACGUGAUUGCGCGCGGGCCGCUUCGCUGCCUCUGCGUCGGCCGCGACGGUUUCGAGGAGGUGCUCGGCCCGCUGCAGUCCAUCAUCGACGCGGACAGGAGGCGCAGGGAGCGCAUCUCAGAGCAGCGGCUGCUACAGCGCGAGGCGCAGGGACUGGCGAGCGUGCGGCGGGGUGACUUUGUAAUGUACGCGCUCGCGGGCGGCGAGUGCUGCGAGCUGGCGCUGGCCACGCAUGCGCCGAGUGGCGGCGAGUACACCCUGCGCGGCUACUCGAAGGCGCGCGUGCAGAGCGCGGGCAUGGCGGAGCGGGUGAUGAGCGAGGCGGCGCUGCUGGCGGGCAUCGCCACCGCGUCGCCCUUUGUGCCGCUCGCGCUCACUCACUUCCAGGACGAGUCCCACCUCUUCACCGUCUUCAAGGUGCGCGCCGUUAGCGACCUGCAGACGCUGCUCGACGCCGCAGGCCAGCUCGACGAGGAUUCGGCGCGCUUCUGCGGCGCGGGCGCGCUGCUCGGACUGCUCCACCUCCACAACGAGGGAAUCAUCUACCGCAACCUUUCGCCCGACGCGCUCGCACUGGACGCGCGCGGCUAUCUGCAGCUGAUGGACCUGCGGUACGCAAUCCGCUCCGAUGGCGGAGCAGCGAUCGACGCGUGCGGCUCCGCAUACUUCCUCGCUCCGGAGCAGCUGGCGCAGACGGGUCACGGCGCGCCGGUCGACCUCUGGGCGUUGGGAAUCCUUCUCUUUGUGCUGCUCACGGGCGGUGUGCCGUGGAUCGCGCCCGACGAGGACGUGGAUGCCGUCACCGAAUCUCAACUCUACCAGCGCAUCACGGCACACCGCCACGGCGGCGUGGCCGCCGCCGCAGCGUAUGGCUUCUCGAGCGGCUUUGAGGCCUUGGUCAACGACCUGCUGCACCCGAGCCCAGCGGAGCGGCUCGGCUGCAACCCCGCCGUCCGCGACGGCGUGCCGAGCCACGAGUGGUUUCGUGCAGUUGACUUCGACGCUCUCAGCCGCGGCGAGCUCGAGCCGCCUCACUUGCUGCGCAUGUGGUGCGUCGAUAUGAGCGCGUCCCUCGCCCAGCGAACGCCGGACGCUGCUCUCUUUUUGGAGCCGCCGCCCGAGAGCGACGCGUCCUGGUGCAGAAACUUCGGGGUGGUGGGAGACUGGGCGGCGAGUGGCGAGAGAGUCAGAAAGCACAGCGAGAACACGAGAGAGCGUGUGAUCGACUGA